UGCCAAUUCCGAUACAGGUGGUCAAGGCGACCAUGGAAUAGCGGGUUCUCAUUCAAAGAGCAAAUUGUCCAAGUAUGGAGAUGGAGACUCCAGAACUAAGGGUAAAGAUCACAAUUUAAAGCAAAUGUACCACAAGUGGAUGGCAUGGUUAAAAAAGCUGCCAGGGGAAGGCAGGGCCGAUGAAUGUGAUACCGAGCCUGACGAGGAAGGCAAUGCGAAUGCCCAUGAGUUUGAAGGUAAUUUAAAUGCUCGUGUAGAGGGUGGCAUUGCUCACACUGAAGACGAAGGUUUUCGUACGGUGCGAUCGCAUUUUUUAAAAAAUUUGAAGUUUAGGGGUAAGCGUUCACGUCGGUGGGAGUCUUUUUCCUUGCCGGCUAAUUGGAAUCCGGUUAGAAGCUGA